AUGCCACCCCCCUUCGAGUUCCGCACCCCACCCGCCCGGGCCCUCCUCGGCGGCGACCUCGUAGCCCAGUCCCUCUCGCACCUGGGCGUCACCCUCGCCUUCGGCCUGCACGGCGGCCACCUCGACGCCUUCCUCGUGGGCUGCGCCUUCUGCACGCCCCCGAUCCGGCUCAUCGACACCCGCCACGAGACCUGCGCCGUGCAAGCCGCCGAAGCCUACGCCAAACUCGCCCCCUCCAACUCCACCGGCAGCGGCAGCAACGACCCCGCCGCCUCCGACAACACCACUCCCACAGUCGGCGUCGCCUUCGUCACCGCAAACUCGGGCUUCAGCAACGCGCUGCCGGGGCUCGCGACCGCGUGCGCAGACCGCAGCCCCGUCUUCGUGGUGACGAGCUCGCCGCCCCUGCGGGAGGCCGAGACGAACGCCCUGCAGGGGUUCCAUGACCAGGUCGUGCUCGCGAAGCCGAUGACAAAAUUCGCACACCGCUGCACCAACGUCGAGGAAAUCCCCCGCAUCGUCAGCUAUGCGUUCCGCGCGGCGCAGCAAGGCAUACCGGGCCCCGUGGUGGUCGAUUUCCCCAUCGACGUGCUGUUCAGCCCGCCACGGUCACAGGCGGCGUUGAGUUUUGGGGCGUUGGGGUGCGAGGCCGCCAGGCCGCCGGGGCCAGAGGGGGCGGCGUUGAAGAGGUUGGCUGGCUUGUGGGCGGUGGCGAAGAGGCCGGUGGUGGUGGUGGGGACGGGAGCGGCGAGGUUGACGAGCCCGGGGAAGAGGGAGAGUGGCUUGUUGGCGUUGGCGCAGGAGAUGAAGACGCCAGUGUACUAUAGCUCCAAAUUCGCGCCGGCGUUGCCGCGUGAUAACCCUUGGAGGGGCGGGCCGGCUACGAAGUUGGCGGCACUGCCGUAUCUGGGCAAGGAGAGGCCGGAUUUCGUGCUGCUCCUGGGCGCGAGGACGGGGUUUCUGCUGGGCGGGCGGAAUUAUGCUAUCAUUCCUGAGGAGGCAACGAUCGUGCAGGUGGAUCUCGAUGGGGCGGAGAUCGGGCGCUCGUUGCCGGUGCAGCUCGGGUUGGUCAGUGAUGCGGGCGUGUUUGUGGAAGCGUUCUUGCGACAUGUCAAGGAAUCGAAGGUGGAGGUGCCGGCCAGGGACGAGUGGGCAACGACGGUCAAGGAAUUGAAGGGCUUGGGGAGUAAGUAUGACAAGGAGGACUCCAAGGCGAAGGACGGGUUACUGCAUCCGUAUCACGCGUUGAAGGCGGUGUUUGAGAGUAUUCCUCCGGAUAGCAUUGUGCUGAUCGAUGGCGGCGAGGCGGGUGUGUGGGCCAUGGACUUGCUCGAGCACGCCCGAGCAGCGCACGCUCUAGUCUCGACGGGCUACCUCGGGUUCUUAGGCAACGGAUGGGGAUACUCACUCGGGGCGGCGCUGGCGUACCCCGACCGGCUGGUGGUGAACAUCCACGGUGACGGAUCAGCUGGCUUCCACAUUCAAGAGCUGGAUACGUACGCCCGACACGGGUGCAGGGUGCUGACGGUCGUCAUGAACAAUUACUUCUGGGGCAUGAGCGUAGCUGGCCAAGAUCUGAUCUACGAGAAGUCGGAAAGCGUUCGUCCGGCCUCGGAGCUAUCGCCCAACUGUCGCUUCGACAUCGUGGCGCAGGGUUUCGGCUGCGACGGCCGCAUUGUCGAGCGGUUUGAGGACGUUGCAAAGACUACUAAGGAGCUGGUGGAGGGCAACAGAGCGAGUCUGUUGAAUUUGAUCGUUUCUCGCCAGCCUGUGACGGAUACGACAAAGAGCAUGGUUGGGCAGACAGAUGACGAGGACGUGAUCGUUGUCCCAUACUAUGACAACGUGCCAAAGCCUUUCUAUCGGGAGAAGGGCUCCAAAGCUGCGGAGCAAACAAGGCAGAAUGGGACGACAUAG